AUGCCUUUGGUGAAAAGGAACAUUGAACCACGGCAUCUCUGCCGAGGAGCUCUGCCAGAGGGAAUUACAAGUGAACUGGAAUGUGUAACAAAUAGCACACUUGCUGCUAUCAUACGCCAGCUAAGCAGCUUAAGCAAACAUGCUGAAGACAUAUUUGGUGAAUUGUUUAAUGAGGCCAACAGCUUCUACAUCAGGGCAAAUUCCCUCCAAGACAGAAUUGAUCGCCUUGCUGUCAAAGUCACCCAGCUGGAUUCAACAGUGGAAGAGGUAUCCUUACAGGACAUCAACAUGAAAAAAGCAUUCAAGAGCUCAACAGUUCAAGACCAGCAGGUAGUUUCAAAGAACAGCAUUCCGAACCCGGUGGCUGAUAUUUAUAAUCAAAGUGAUAAACCACCACCUCUGAAUAUUCUUUCACCUUAUAGGGAUGAUAAGAAAGAUGGAUUGAAGUUCUAUACUGAUCCUUCCUAUUUUUUUGAUCUUUGGAAAGAAAAAAUGUUACAAGAUACUGAAGAUAAGCGAAAAGAAAAGAGGAGACAAAAGGAGCAAAAGCGUAUAGAUGGCACCACCCGUGAGGUGAAAAAGGUUAGAAAAGCCAGGAACAGACGCCAGGAGUGGAAUAUGAUGGCAUAUGACAAAGAGCUUAGACCUGACAACAGGUUGUCUCAAAGUGUGUACCAUGGAGCAUCUUCCGAGGGAUCACUGUCCCCAGAUACUAGGUCACAUGCAUCUGAUGUUACAGAUUAUUCUUAUCCUGCUACUCCGAAUCAUUCCCUCCAUCAGCAGAUAGCAAUGCCUUCCUAUGGAGCAGGAGAUGGUCCACAGUACAUGGCAGCAUCCCAAAGCCAUGAGCAUGAAUACAGACCACCCUCCACCACUGUACGACACGCCACUUUAAACAGACCUCAGCAGCCACCUCCACCUCCACCCCAGCCUUCAGAUGGCCAGCACAGCUCAGUACCUGUGGUACCAGCAGAAUAUGGGAUGCUUCCAGCUCAGAUGGUGGAUUAUUACAAUCCUACAGGUCCUCCCCCUCCUCCUCCCCCACCUAUGAUUCCUUCAGCACAAACUGCAUUUGUUAGUCCCCUUCAGCUUCCUGUACCACCUUCCCAUUCUGGACUGGUGACUGGCUCUACAUAUGCAGCUACUCAUCCUCCUCCUUCUGGUGGGCUUGUUGUCACUGCUCCUCCUCCUCCCGGCCCACCUCCUCCCCCUCCAGGCCCUCCUACUGCAGGUGCAUCCCUCUCUUCCUCCCCCAUGCACGCUCCUCCAGCAUCGGAGGCGAAGCAGGCACCGAUGAGCGAUGCACGGAGUGAUCUUCUGGCUGCCAUCAGGAUGGGAAUUCAGCUGAAGAAGGUGCAGGAGCAGCGUGAGCAGGAGGCGAAGCGCGAGCCCGUGGGCAAUGACGUGGCCACCAUCCUGUCGAGGCGCAUUGCCGUGGAGUACAGCGAUUCCGACGAUGACUCCGAGUUUGAUGAGAACGACUGGUCAGAUUGA